AUGGAUCCCGUUGACUAUUCAAAGGAAUCACUGCUGCCAUUAGCAGCAACUCUCUCAAGGAAAAGGAAGACACGAUGUUACUUCCUGCAGAACCGUCAUCACUUUAACCAAUUUUCCAUUCUGGACUUUUGUUACAGGCUGUUCCGCUGCAGAAUCACCAGUAAAGGAUGUGUUUCAUUGGCUGAGGCACUCAAGUUAAACCCCUCCCAUCUUCAAGAGCUGGACCUGACCAGGAACGAUCUGUCAGAUGAAGGGGUUGAGAUCCUCUCGAAAGGACUGGCCAGCCCACACUGCAUCUUAAAAAUCCUCAAGCUGCACAACUGUGGGAUCACCCAUAAAGGAUGUGUUUCAUUGGCUGAGACACUCAAGUUAAACCCCUCCCAUCUUCAAGAGCUGGACCUGAGUGAGAACCAUGUGUCAAAUGAUGGGGUUGAGAUCCUCUCGAAAGGACUGGCCAGCCCAAACUGCAUCUUAAAAGUCCUCAAGUAAGGAGCUCUAGAGCAAGAUACUGAACCCCACAUUGCUCCUGGUGCUGCAUCAGCAGUAGGUGGAUGGCGAUGUAGUGUAAAGCGCUUUGAGAACCUUGAAAGGCGGAAAAGCGCUAUACAAGUAUAACACCAUUUACCAUUUUUAAUGCUUUUUAUGGCCUGAAUUUUCACCC